AUGAGCAAGACUGGCUCCUGCCUCCUGCCACCCAGCCCCGUCCCAGCAGGGGACCCCCCCUCGGCGUUGGGGCUGAAAGCCCAGGCGCCGGGGAGCACGGAGGAGCUGCGGUGCCUGCAGGUCCUCAACAGGCAGCAGGAGGGCUCCAGCCUGGAGGAGCUCAUCACCAACCAGUCCUGCCUCAAGCUGGCCAACACCAUCAAAGCCUACGUGGCCACGGUGACGGAGAACGCCGUCCGCCGGAGCGCGGUGAAGGAGGCCCGACGGAGCCACUUCAACGCCUCGGAGGGGCAGGUUCCUCCCAAAACGGCCGGCAAACCCUCGGCACAUCUCACCCUGCGCCCCCAGAGCCUGGCCCAGGGCGGCAACUCCAGGCGCUUCGGGAACCUCUCCCAGUCCUGCCGCCACGCCAUCGCCCGCUGGGAAGACAGCACCAUCUACUCCCACCUGCAGAACAUCACCUACCGGGACGGCCGGCUGCGGGUCAACCAGGCGGGCAAGUACUACGUCUACUCCCAGAUCUAUUUCCGCUACCCCAGCGACGGGGGGGGCGCCCGCCUCUCCGUCCCCCAGCUCGUCCAGUGCAUCAACUGGAAGACCUCCUACAGCCAGCCCAUCCUCCUGCUCAAAGGGGUGGGCACCAAGUGCUGGGCGCCCGAGGCGGACUACGGGCUCCACGCUCUCUACCAGGGGGGGCUGUUCGAGCUGAGGGCGGGCGACGAGCUCUUCGUCUCCGUCUCCUCCUUGGCCAUCGAGUACAACGACCCGGCCGCCAGCUACUUCGGGGCCUUUCGGCUCGACCUGUGAUGGCCACGGCCACUGCCACCUCCCCGCUGCUCCCGCCUGGCCCCGGGGAAGCGGCUUUCCCAACCGGACCCCAGCCCGAUGGCCGGGGGAUGCCGGGCACGGGGGGUGGCUGCCUGCAGGGACCUGCUGUGCUCGGUGCCAUCCAGCUGGGAGGAAGCCCAUGAGCCAGGAAGGGUCUCCGAGAGCCCACGGGGGACACGCAGGAUGGGGGACAUCCUGGCCAUGGUGGCACCUCACCUCCCUGGCUCCCAUCACCUCCCUGGCUCCCGUCUGAGCACAGGGAGGAGGUAGCACCCAGCGGGUCCCCACUGCAGGAGAGGCACCGGGGUCCCGGCAGCCACCACCAGACAAAGUGUCCCCGUGGCGGGGGGACCCUCUGCCAGUCAGACCUCACGGCUGGUGGGGACAGACCCGGGUUCACGGGGUCCUGGGGGUGCUGGGGCAGGCACGGCGAGCACGGGCACAGGGCUGGCAGCCCCGGGGGGGGACAGCCCACAAGGACGAGGCAGGUCCAGCGUCAUCUUCUGGAAAAGAACUCAUCUUCUGGAAAAGAGCGAAGGAGUUUCAGUUCAGGGCUCGUCAGAAACCUGGAGCGGCGCCAGCAGCUGACUUCAGGGCAAAGAGCGGGACCAGGAGGCUGGAGCUGUCACCAGCCUGGAGCUGUCACCAGCCCCAAGCAGCCGCACCCAGGCACGGGGCAGAGCCGAGCGGUGCCAUCACCUCCCCGGAGCUCCUCACCGAGCAUCUCCUGCCUUGGAGGGUUUCGGUCCUCCCAGCCCCGCCGGGCCAGCACAGCAUCCCGGCGUUAGCCCCGGCCAUCGCUCCCCGGCGGGGUUUCACCUGGGGUGUGAGCCCGGGACCCGGGAGGGACAGGACCAUCCCCUCGGCGUUAAAAUCCACAUUGGAUGCAAAAGGUGGGGUCAAGCAGGGCAGAGCGUGGACAGGGUGGCUCGGCCGACGGACACUGGGCUGGAUACAGCCCCUUUGUACUUACUGUGUACUCUGUAUCGCACUGAGACUGGGGGUGUGUAGGGGCAGGACGGCAACACCCACGAAGGACUCAAGCCCCCCCUGUUCCCAGCACGGCUGCGGGGGGGUCUCAGUGCUGGUUUCAAUAAAUCCUGUACCCCAGCA